CAGCGCGACCAGCUGGGCAAGGAGGUGGCCCACCGCUCGCAGGAGAUCAAGGGGCUCAAGGAGGAGUGCCGCCGGAGGAAGAAGAUGAUCAGCACCCAGCAGAUGAUGCUGGAGGCCCGAGCCAGCUACCACCAGUGUCAGUUUUGUGAAAAGGCUUUUAUGAACUACUCUUUUUUACAAAGUCACAUGCAAAGGCGUCAUCCGGAAGAAUCUCAGAUUGAACAGAAGAGGAAAGCAAAGACAGACAAAUUGCAGGAUGAGAUUGAUAACCUGAAGGAGCAGUUGCAGCUCACCAAAUCCCAGUUAGAGGCUGAACAACAGGCUAAUAUGGUCAGGUUUUCUAAGGAAUGUGAACAGCAAAAAUCAAAAGAAGAAGAAAUUCUACAGUCAUUUCAUAAAUGGAAAGAGGAGGAAAAAGAGAAAUUGGCUGAUGAAAUAGAAAAAGUGAAAGAGAUGUUUAUGAAAGAGCUGAAGGAGUUAUCUUCAAGAAAUUCAACAUUAGAAAAUCAACUGUUAGAAUUACAAAAGUCCAAUAUGCAACAAAAAUCCAAUUUAGGGACGCUGAAAGACAGCCAAGAAUUUACAGAAGAGAAACCUCAGAGUCCUCAGGAUUAUCACAAUGUGGUUAAACUUCUUGAAAAACAGGAAAGUAAGUGGACGUCUAGAAUACAAGCCCUUCAUCAUGACCAUGAGAUAGAAAAGUCCUUGCUACUGUCACAGAUUGAGAAGCUUAAAUCAUCCGUGAGAGAAGACCUGAAUAAAAAUAACGCUUUUUACAAGAGGAGGAUAGAAGAAUUGGGGCAGAGGCUUCAGGAGCAGAAUGAUCUGAUUAUUACCCAGAAGAAGCAGAUAAAAGAAUUGUCCACAAGAUCAGUUGCAAGCAUCAAAUCAUAUGACAUGAACACUACUGUAGAGCAUCUUGAAGAAUCUAAACAAAGUCUACCAGUGGUGCAUG